AAGAAUAAUACAGAAAUCUAUAGAAUUCAGGAAAAUUAAUGACAGACAUUCACACCCAGAUUACGACUGACUUUCAGAACAGGAUGUGAUUUGUCUUUUUUAAAAUAGCGAUGAUUUCUGCCUCAAAGUAGGAAAUUACAAUUACGUUGAUCAACAUCCGGGCUCGUGGUAUAUUCUAAAAUUUCUAAUCACUGAAAUUUUAUACAUUAAUACAAACAAUUAACUUGAUUUAGUAUUUUUAGCUUACCAUACUCGGAUGAAACCGGACUAAAUCAACGAAUCUCUGUUUUCUUCAGGCACAUGACUUCCUAAUAGACUAACUGCUCAACCAAAAUGUUCGCGGUUCGUGCUCUGUAUGACUUUGAAGCUCAACCUGGAACUGGUGAACUCAGUAUAUGGAAUAAUGAGAUAUUAACUUUAACAAGACAGGAUGUGGGUGAAGGAUGGUGGGAAGGAACCAAUGAACGAGGAGAGACUGGUUUAUUUCCAGCAGGUUAUGUUGAGAUUAUUUCAAGCCAACCUCCUGCAGUUCCACCACCACCUCCUCCUAGGGGACUCGAAUAUGACAUUUCUGUAGUUUCUUCAGGUCAGGAUGCUCCUCAGGACGUUGUGAGCUAUGAACAAUUUGAAGCUGGUGAUGACUGGGAUGAUGAUUGGGAUGAUGACGAGUUAACAUUUAGCUCUCAGCAAGAACAAUUCUCAGGGCCAGGCAUGUAUGGAGUUUCAAUCCCAGACCAAUCUUGGAAGAGCAGCAGUACUGGAGACAUAAGGAAUACCACUCCCAGUGGUCAGGAUGCUUCAGGGAUGUGGACAGUUAAAAAGAGUAUUAACAGGUUCUCUACAUUUGUAAAGUCUGGUGGUGAAGCUUUUAUUUUGGGAGAAACCAAAAUAAACGUUCCAGCAAAUUCCAUUAUCCAGAUAUUGGAUGUAGAUGGUGAAAUAAUGUGGGCUUUUGUUUCAAACCCAUACACAUGUUCUGUUACAUCUCCAAAGAAAGAAACUAAACUGAAGGGCCUGAAAAGCUUUAUUGCUUAUCAGAUUACACCAUCUUAUAACAACAUACAAGUUAGUAGGAGGUACAAACAUUUUGACUGGCUUCAUGAACGUUUGGAAGCAAAGUUCAACCCUAUACCUAUACCACCACUACCAGAUAAACAGAUAUCAGGUCGUUACCAGGAAGAGUUUGUGGAACAUAGACGUGCCCAGUUACAGAUGUGGGUUGACAGGAUUUGUAGACAUCCAGUCUUAUCUCAGAGUGAUGUGUGGAAACACUUCAUUACUUGUGCUGAUGAAAAGAAAUGGAAGGCUGGAAAGCGGAAAGCUGAAAAGGAUGAACUUGUUGGAGCUUCAUUUUUCCUAGCAAUUCAACCACCAGAAACAUUUCUUGAUCCAGUUGCUGUAGAACAAAAAACUGAUCAUUUCCAAAAGUUUGUUACUAAGUUUGAUGACAGUGUAAAACAGCUGUUUAUGACAUCUUUGGAGCAGUCCAAGAAGUAUGCUGGAGGUUCAACACACCUAACAGCUGCAGUAAAACAUACGGCUGAUACUUAUGAAGAAAUUGGAAAACUUUAUGAAGAGCAGCCUAAGCUGGACUUUGAGCCAAUGUGUGAUGUCCUUCAUGAAUACAAGGGGAUGUUGGCUGCAUGGCCAGACAUACUACAACUGCAUAAGGGUGCUAUGAACAAGAGAAAAGAUUAUCAGCGGCUUAAUGAAGAUGGUAAGUUAAGUGCAGAAGAAGCCCAAUCUAUAAACAAGAGAACAGACGUGGUGUCUUAUGCAGCACUUGCUGAAAUUUCUCACUUUCAGUCUGAACGAAUAGAAGAUUUUAAAUAUAUGAUGCAGAAUUUUCUCUCUGCCCAGAUUUCAUUCUAUCAAACGGUUGUUAGCAAACUUCAGGAAUCUCUAAGCCUGUAUCAACAACUUUGAGACAUCUAGCAAGAAAGACAAAAAACUGUUCAUCUUUGAAUGCCUAGACUCAAGCAUAUUAGCUAUAGGUGAUAGAAUAUACUAUAAGUUUAUUAAGCAUGUAAAAAUAAAUAUGUUAACAUGAUUGAUGAUAAUGACAACUUCAUCAAAUUUUACUUCAAAAUGAAGGUACUUUUUUAUAUUUUUAAAAACAUUUGAGUUCUGUCUAUAAUUCAAAUGAAGAACUGAAAGAAAAGAGUGAUUUAUUUUGGAACUCAUUAUUUGAAAGACAUUGUGAAAACUUAAUCUUUUUAGGCAAAGAAAAUACAAAUUGAACAUUGCUAUGUUGAAGUGCCAGGAGUUUUAUGAAAUUUAUUUGAGAUAGCUGCUCUAGGACCUUGACCUUUUAAGUUUUAAUCUGUAAUAAAUAUAGAGUAUUAGAUACAAUAAAUCUUGAAGGCAGUGGAGAGGACUGACUUCUGUCUUUGACAUAGAGUUCAACAGUGUAAUAUAUUAAACUGCUCUUGUCAUCAAAUAUCCACAGAAAAAUAGUAAACUGUUAUUUUAACACAUACUCAUAUAUGUAUAUGGAUUAAUAAUGAAUUGUUUAUUAUAAUAAUUUCAUCUCUAUGUUCUAAUUGUACUCUUUUUCAUUUAUAUGUGUGUAUUUAUAUAUAUAUAUAUGUAUAUGAUUUCUAAGCUACUUUUUAAAUGUUUUUAUAUUCCUACAAAAGAAAGUAGUGCUUUGAUGAGUAAACAAAUCAUAAUGUGAAUGUUAAGUUCUGGACUUAAUUUUCUGUGUUUUAGUGUUGAUGUACCAGAUGGCAUAUUGAUUUAAGUUGAUUAUUCCAAAACUUGUGAAUAUUUACUACCUUGUGCUUGACAACUAAUAAGUUUAUUAAGGUUUGGAUUCUUCCAGACAAUGAAUAAUGUUGUCAUUGUCAGAGUUUUCAGUAGCACAGAAUAUAUUUUAAACUAUGUAAUGUAAUGUUUUCAGUGUACAUAUGUAUGCUGUGGGUUUUUAGUGGUCAAUGCUAGAAUUCUUCAUAAAGUAAUAAUUUUUCAACCUAACUGCAUACAGGUGAUAAAGUAUGAGUAAGUCAAUUGUUUUCACAAUACUGUAAAAAUAUUUCAAUUAUAGAAACUCAAUAAUCUGAGCACCUUUGAAAGGUAGACUUUCCUUAGUUAGAAUUUAAUUGGAUAUGAGCUGCAAGAGAGAAGAUAUGUUCAGUGAUCUGCUGGUAUCUGAUGUAAUUAACUGAUAAUCCAGUAGUGUCUAUGAUGGUUUGGAAAAAUUAUAUUACUGGUGUGACAGUAAGUUGUAAUUUCAGGGGUAAGAUAAGAAAGAAAUAGGAUGGUAAAGAAUGCAUGCAAAACAUAGAAAUGUGUAAAAAAUAAAGGGGCAAGCGAUUCAUUAUUUAAAAGGUAAUAAUGGAUUAAAUAAUAAAAAAAUUGCAAAAGAAUGUGUGAAAAUAGAAUUGACUGGUAGGUAUGUAAGAGAGAAAAGUAUAAAUAUAAAUGUAUUGUCACAUGUGAAAGUGAUGACAGCUUUAAUUAUUUAUUAAAUGGUGGGCAGAGCACAGAUAGCCCAUUGUGUAGCUUUGUGCUUAACAUCAAACAAAUCUUUUGAUUAUAUGAAUGCAGUGACAACUCCAAAUUCUGAGAAGAUCUAAAGUAUGAUGAAUUUUGCUACUGAAUGUUUUCAUCAAUUUUUUUUAAUUAUUUCUUUAGUAUGCUCAAAGUUACAAAGAUGAUUCAUGAAUCACAGUAAGUAACUUUUAAAUGUUUCGGUUCUUAAUCUGAUUGGUUAGUCCUUUUACAUUUACAGCCAAAGACUGGAAGAUGUUUCAUUGGGUGGGGUUAUCUUGUCUAAUGCUGCAUGGUGCCUGAAGAUGUGGUAUUCUAUGAACUUUAGUUUUUAGUGGAAAUCUUUUGGAAGGCAGAGAAUUAUUAAUGACAGGAUCCGCUGCCCUAAUUUCCCUCCAAUUCUGUCAGUGUAUUCAACAUGUGUGAGUAGGAAUUAAUUUGCAAACCAGUGAUCCCGUAUUUGAAAUAUUUUUACAGUAUUGUGAAAACAAUAUUAGCAUCUAAUUUUAAAUUGAAAUGUUUUGGGUUUUUUUCAUUUUAUGAUCUAUACCAAGAAAAAUAUAUAAUAAAAUUAUAAAUUUUCCCAUUUUUGUGUUUAUAUAUAUAUUAUAGAAGGCAUCAAUUAUAUGGAUUUUGUAGUGGUGCUUGUUUGUUUUAGCAUUUUCCAGUAUUUCAAGACGCGUAUGGCCCAUGAAAAGAAAUCAAUUUUUGUUAGUAUUUUCAAGACUUUAACGAAACAUCUGUCAGAAAUUGCUCUUUGCUAAACGUUAUGUUUUUAUUAAAGUGACUUUUUUUUAAAGGAAUUUGGUAUGCCUAAAAGUCAAACAUUUUUGCAAAAUAUUGAAACAUAGUUCUGAUGAUGGCAAAAUUUCUAAAAAUUUCACAAAAGAUGGAUUUGUGUAGGUACAGUACUUAGUCAUUGAAAUUGCCAAGAAGUAAAUUAUGCUCUGGAAUACCUGAUUAUGUCCAUUCAAAGUUAAAUUUGUUUUAAAGAAUGUUGACAUAAAUGUAUACAUAAGUAUAUAGUUAAAGUAUGACUUAAUGAAAGUUUGCUAGAAUUUUUUUCGUAUACCGAUUUAUUAUUUUAUAUUCAGGUGUUUAAGUUCUACUAUCAGAAUUGUUUUAUUUGAAAAAAGAAGUACAGAAUUCUAUAAUAUGCUGACCAUUGAAGAUGAAAGUCAUCUAUGAAUACAGUCCUAACAUCCAGUGGUAGAUUACUAUUAUUUUUGUUCUGAAAAUACAGAUAGGUAUUCUUUCUCAUCUUAAUUCUUCACGUGCAUUUAUUUAUUAAAUGUCAGUUCAGUAGUCCUG